UUUAUGAGGUUGCCGACAAUCCAUCCUUAAGUUUACCAUCUUUGAAUUUAUUUGGAAAACAGCAUGCUUCAUACGUGUAUAAAUUGACAAGAUCAAAAGAUUAUGAUCAUGGAGAGCAUGCGAAAUCUGCAAGCACUCAAAUCCAUUUUGUAGUAACAUAUCGGUCGCUUCAAGAUGAGGUUGAGAAGUAUGUGGAGCAUACCUUGAAUACUAUUUUAAAGUCAAAAAAAUUAUUUCAACAUUCUCAGUUCCUUAUUGAGAAUGCCAAGGAACAUCUAUUGAAAUCGGUAGAUUAUGUUUCAUAUGGUAUGACAGAUACUUUGGAUUUAGGUGAAUUAGAUAUUUCACAGUGUGAGAAUCUUUUCAUAACCCAUGGUGUUGCCAAAGACGCACUAGUUGAUGUUGUUAAGGAAUUUUGGGAGAUUCUAAAUACUGUGGAAUUGAUUAUUUCAAAAUCACAUGAUUUGAUCGUUGGGGAGCCAUGCCAUUGUCGUCUGAUAGUUCGACAUUCAUCAUAUUGGAAUUAUACAUCUACGGAUUCUUUGGAAUUUUAUUAUGAUGUUCAUGUUGAUUUUGACAAUUGGCUAUUGGCAGGACAUAAAAAAUUAUGCUUUUCUUCAAAGGCUGGAGAAACGAAUGAAUUUCCUAUUACACUUGUACCCUUGAAAACCGGGCACCUUCUUGUUCCUCUCAUAAGAGUUACUAGCCUUGAUUCACAUACAUUUUCUGAAACUAUUUAUUUAAACAAUGCUGAACAAGUUCUUGUUCGACCUCGUACGCAAUCUGCGACUUUCUUUAUUGAACAACAACAUCGAAUUCACUCGAUUCAUUCAGGGGCAGGAUUCGGUGGUCCUGGACAUCAUCAUCAUAAUGAAGGGAUGGAGAAUGUUGAAUUAUAA